AUGGCGGGUCUCAGCGUGAGUGGCGUGGCACUGUUGGACUCCGAGGGCGAACGCCUCGCCGUGAAGUAUCCGCGGCAAGCUGCGGCAAGCGCGCAGCCGAGCACCCCGGCCGAGGAGGCGCAAGCGAAGAAGGAAGGAGGCGUAAAAGAUUUCGCUUCCCAGAGACAACUGGAACAACAGCUCGUGCAGAAAUUCUCCAGGCUCGCCGGCAGAAACGAGGUCGAGGCUUUCGAACUCGCCGGAUACGUCGCCUUGGGGAAGAGCGUGAACGACGUCCUCCUCUUUGUCGUCGCUGAGGACGGGGCUAACGAGAUGCUUCUUCUCGAGAUCUUCAACACACUCACGGCGGUCCUUUCCUCUCUGACAAACGGUCAAAUUGGAAAGAAGCAAAUCCUUGACAAUCUCGACGGAGUGUUUCUGAUGCUUGACGAAGUCUUCGACAGCGGCUUGUUGCUCCAGCUCGAUCCGGGAGUUGUCCUCGCGAGGAUCAACAUGCAGGACGACGCGGCGGCAAACGCGGGAGGCGCGGGCGCGGGAGGCGCGGGCGCGGGCGGCGAGGCGACUUCGACGCAGGCCGCCUUCAAUCAGGCAAUUUCCAGCGCAAAGGAGAAUUUGAUUCGAAGCCUUCUUAGUGGAGGCCCGUAA